UUCUCUUCAUCUUCCUCACCCUUCUUACCUUCUUGCUCCAUCUAUCAACCCAAAAUGGCGAAUUCUGCAUCUGGAAUGGGGGUGGUAGAUGAGUGUAAGUUGAAAUUUUUGGAGCUAAAGUCAAAAAGGAAUUACCGUUUCAUCACUUUUAAGAUUGAAGGGCAAGAAGUUGUGUUGGAUAAACUAGGAAGCCCGGAAGAAAGCUACGAGGAUUUCACAGCUUCUCUCCCUGCCGACGAAUGUCGAUAUGCCGUCUAUGACUUGGACUUCACCACCAAUGAAAACUGCCAGAAGAGCAAGAUUUUUUUCAUUGCAUGGUCGCCGGAAUCGUCAAAGGUGAGGAUGAAGAUGGUUUAUGCGAGCACAAAGGAUAGGUUCAAGAGAGAACUAGAUGGGAUUCAAGUCGAGUUACAAGCCACCGACCCUAGCGAAAUGAGCUUCGACAUAAUAAAAGCUCGAGCAUAUUAAU